AUGUGGUAAUGGCAUCUUAACAAUUAGUAUGACUGUAAGUAUCCAAUGUGAUAUUUGCACAAUUUUUAUCUUUACAAGAUGUUGAUUUUACAUCCCAAUAGCAAUCCUUAGUUUAAGAAUCACUAACCAAGAUCACGCCUGCCUAUUUACAAGCAGUUUCAGCUAAUCCACUGCAAGCCUUAGGUCUGGGAAUACACUUAUCACCUGCUGUAUUAAUAACACAUUUCAAGCUAUAAUAAGUCCAACAACCAUUUUAAGUUACACCUCCUUUUAAACUAACAAGAUGUGCAUUUUCACAUUUAAUAUCAAUACAAACUGGUUUGGUUGCAUCAGUUUAAUCAUCCCAUUAACAUUUUAACGGAGUAAUAGUUCUAACUUAUUCAAUUUCACAAUUGUCUUCUAGCUUUCUUCCUCCGCAAGUGGCAGGAAGAUCAAUACAACCAGCUUCGUCAUUAUCAACAACACAUCCUGAUUUAUAACCAGUACAUCCAGCACUUGUAGUAUAAGUAGUAGCUGAGGCAGUAAGGCAAGAUUAGUCGACACAAUUUUUUCCAAUCAAUCCACAUUUUCCACCACCUUUCUUAAUUUGAC